CUGAGGUCAUUUCAGUUCCAAGGGUUGCUUGUGGUCCUUCGCCUGAAGAAGGGAAAGUUAUAAAGCAGAAACUAUGGCAAGCAGACUAUUUCUCCGAACAUGUAGCUUAACUUUGCGGGCACGACAAAACAUUUCGAUGAAAGUACAGCCUCGGGUCUUUGCCAGUGGAAGAGGUAUUCCAACUGAUGAUGAGCAGGCCGCGGGGUUAGAGCGACGCAUUUUGCAGGCGCUGAAAAAGGGACAGGAUCCAUACAGCAUAUUUAAACCAAAGCUGUAUGCGGGAACCAAAGAGGACCCUCACAUUGUCCCUGGAAUUAGCAACAAACGGCUGGUCGGCUGUCUCUGUGAGGAGGACAACACUGCUAUUGUGUGGUUCUGGCUUCAUGAGGGAAACCCCCAGCGCUGCCCCUCCUGUGGUUCACACUACAAACUCAUCCAUCAUAAACUGCCCCACUGAACAACUGCAGCAGGGACAGGAUGUCCCACUAUGAUUAAGCCCUCUCAUCCAGGUCUACUGUAAACCAGUGUGCAUGUAUUAAUCAUACUAUUCAAUAAAGCAUAUAUACACAAAAAA